GGCCGCCAGCUCCCCCGGGGCGGCAAAGCUUCCGUUUCUGGUCCCCUUCCCUCCUCCGCUCCCUUAAACCCUCCUCGAAACCCUAGUGCGACACGAUUCCCUCCCCUGCCGCGCCGCGCCGCGCCCCCCAUGGACGACCCGGACGAAUCCACCGCGGCGGCGCCGCCGCCGCCGGUCACGCUCGCCGGCGCGGGGGCGGACGGGAAGCUGCUGCUCGCCGGGGCGCUGUCCCGCGAGGAGGUCCUCAGCCGGCGCCGGCGCCGCCUAAUGCAGCUGUACUCCCUCUACCGCUCCCAGCUCUGGGCGCUCGCCGAGGACCUGCACGCCAAGCACGCCGAGUACUGGUGGCACCACGGCGCAAGCCCCGUCGUCGUUGAGCCGCCGCUCCUGGGUAAUGGCAGCGGUGCUGCUUCUGUAGGGAAUUGUUGGGGUGCGGGAGGGACGGCUGCUUUCCCUCCCAUGAAUUUCGGGCAUCCGCUUCUGCCUCCCGCGGAUGGUGGUGGCGAUGGUGCUGGUGCUGUUGCCACCCCUCAGGCUGCGGGCGGGGGGAGGGCUACGUGUUCUGCCGCGAAUUGCGCGGCCAAUGCGAUGCCCUGCGCCCCGUACUGCUUCGACCACAUCCUGUUGGACCCCAAGCAGCAGCUCUACAAACCCUGCACCUUCAUCAAGCGAAGAAGCAUGCCAAAUGUGAAAGAAACUUGUGGAAAACCAGUCCUGAGAGGCAUUACUCCAUCGCGAUGUUCUGAUCAUGAUCCAAAAUCUCAGAAAAACAUUGUAGAAGCUUUGAGGUAUGCUGGAAUCGACCUGCCGUUGGGAAGUAAGAAGGUUCCAAAAUUCAGUCUCUUGAUUUCUGAAGCAGUCCGCCAAAUUCAGACGAAAAGAAAGUUGUUCUUGUCUCGUUCAAAGGCUGCAUCUCGUAAAUUGUCGAAAUGAUUCUUUUGGACCAACAUAUGAUUAGUUGUACAUGAUGGUCCUACAGAGAUGGAAGGUGACGUAUAUAUCAGGUGUCAAGGUGCACCUCAUCAUCAAAAAGGAAAACAAAUAUUGAACCAGAAAUUUUGCUAGGUAUUAUAUUACAAUGCAGAAAGGCUGGAGGUAGGAGGAAUAUUGUCCAACUUUGGGAAAUAUUCUGCUUGUAAGCUACCCUCUUCAAACCUUGGAAGGAGAAAACAGAUGUAGGACUUUGAGCACUCAACAGUCACCAGAGGGAUGUAUAGAAGCAUUUUCAAGGAAUAAGAGGGUAGUAGUGUUCUUUCUUUGAUUUGAUGAGGCCACCCUGAUGAUGUGUAGACUUGAAUGAAACCGGUUCUUUCGCUUUGGUCUUCUCACCCGUUUGGGGAAUGUUCGUUCAGUCUGAUGUUUGUUGAUCUAGCUGCUCUAGUUGCUCAAUACUAACUCCAUGUAACUUUCUUCUUACUUCUUUUGGGGCAAUAUCAUCGUUAUUA